AGGGAAAAGGUCUUCGGGUACAGUCUUUCCACAAACAGCUCUCGAGCGCUUAUUGGUCGUGAGAUGAGCGCGGGGAGGAGCGCUUAGCGCAGCCAAAAGGCAGAAUUGGUAAUUCGGUGAAAAAGUCCCUGUGAAGUGACGGAUGCGGGAAGUUCACAGGUUUUCCCUAUUCACUGACUUCUCCUCGUACGACAUUUGCUUCUCAUUCGCCUGCACGACAAAGACCUGAACAUCAGACUGGAGAGAAACUUUGGAUGAAAGUUUUGAGACAAGAUACUGAAGGAAAAGUUGGAGAGCAGGGGUACGAUGCAGGCGCGCUACCCCGUGUCUAGCCAAAGCCCUCUAGGCGUAGUGCCUUAUAUCACCGGAGACCAAGGCUUUUAUCGAGCCGCGGCCGGAGGUGGAUAUACCGGGAUGCCUGCGCCUAUGAGCAUGUACUCUCACGCGGCGCACGAGCAGUACCCCGGCGGCAUGGCCCGCGCAUAUGGGCCGUACGCCCCUGCACAGCAGCCUAAGGAUAUGGUGAAACCGCCAUAUAGCUACAUCGCACUCAUCACCAUGGCGAUCCAGAACUCAGCCGACAAAAAGAUCACACUGAAUGGAAUCUAUCAGUUUAUCAUGGAGCGCUUUCCAUUUUACCGGGACAAUAAGCAAGGCUGGCAGAACAGCAUACGACAUAACCUGUCGCUCAAUGAGUGCUUUGUCAAGGUGCCAAGAGAUGAUAAGAAGCCAGGUAAGGGUAGCUACUGGACUCUAGACCCGGACUCAUAUAACAUGUUUGAAAACGGCAGCUUCCUGCGACGGAGGCGCCGCUUCAAGAAGAAGGACGUGCUGAGGGACAGAGAGGAGCGGGACCGGCAGGGCAAGGACAACCCGGGACAAGCGUGCGAGCAAGACGCCCAGCAACCAGUGAAGCUCCGGGACAUAAAAACGGAGAACGGGGCCUGCACGCCCCCGCAUGACAGCACUCCACCCCUCAGCACCGUGCCCAAAACGGAAAGUCCAGACAGGAGCGGUGGGAGUGCGUGUAGCGGGAGUCCUCAGUCGCAAACGCCACAACAGGCCUUUAGUAUGGAUACAAUCAUGACAGGACUUCGAGGGUCCCCGCAGCACGCGGCAGAGCUGCCGGCCUCUCGCGCCGCUCUACCAGGCUCGGUGUCUCUGACCUACUCGCCAUCCCCGCAGCCCGCCCAUUACAGUCCACCCUGCGGCCAGCCCGCCACUUAUCACUGCAACAUGCAAGCGACGAGCCUGUACACUGGGGACCGCGGCCACGGGGAUGACACUUUACCGGAAUACACAAACACAACAAGCGCCUCUUCAAUCUCACACCCCCACCAGAGCUCGAGCCAGGAGAGCCAGCACUUGCAGCAGAACCGACUCGCACCCUGGUACCUCAAUCAGUCCGGAGAGCUGGGACACCUGAGCGCGAGCUAUCCCGGCCAGCAGCAGAACUUUCACGCUGUGCGAGAGAUGUUCGAGACGCAGCGGAUAGCUCUGAACAGCUCUCCGGUGACCGGAAGCAAUAGCUGUCAAAUGGCUUUCCCGUCCAGUCAGCCACUCUACCGAGCUUCCGGAGCCUUUGUAUACGACUGCAGCAAGUUCUGACCAAAAGUUUUAUGAAUUUCAAAAUUGUUUAAUAUAUAUUCGUAUUAUUUUCCAUGUGUUUGUAAUUUAAGGAAGCCUUUAGGUCAGUGAACUCGGGCUGAUAUGCGAGUUUGUGUUGGUAAGUAGGAUAAUUCCGCUGCACAUAAACAUUCUCUCCCUGCUCGUCCAUCAAGAGAGAUUAAGAGAACAUGUGUUAAUUUAUUUCAUGUAAGAGCAGGUGGACCAACUUUGCAAGGAAAUGUCUUAAGUAUUUAUAAUCAAUUCAGUAUAGAAAGGUAACGAGUGUACAACUGAGUUACAGUUUUUUCGUAUACUUUUUUGAAAAUAUCUAAAGUUACUAUUUGUUUAAUAAAUUGUCGUCUUGUUGGAGUUAAA